AUGCCCUCACCCCAUUAUCCUACAUUCCCAUUCCCCCGCCCCCCACAACACACGUUAAAAUACAUGACCCACUGCCGACAGGCUGACUUGAGAACGCAACCUACACUCACAGAAACGCCACCUCACUUAAGAGACAGACUACACACCACAGCACCCACCACGACCAGCACACACCGGAUAAGGGAUGAACCAACCCGACAAGAUUGCCCAAACGCCCAAUACCCAAGAACACUAUACCACAAUACCAGAAACCACUCAACCCUCACAACCCGGAACAGUACCCGCUCGACCAAUACACCCCCGACGCUAACCGGAGCCUUAAACAGACACAGAAGGACACCAGACACAGAAGUGACACCCCAACAAGACAACACCCCGACGCAUGACACACACACAACCACCGCCUACACACAUUACAGAACAGCGACUAGCACAGAGGGGACACCCGCAGCAAACGCACACACAGGACAAAACUACCUGACGGACCCUCGACCUCCAAACGCCCCACUACUCGACAACUGCUCCCCGCCCUCCACCCCAACGGAUCUUGAACAGGCCUACCUGACAGAGAUCCCUGAACCGCGUCUCCCUGCUGCCCACACUCCCCCCUCACCGACCUCCGCAUGCCGUACUCGGCUUGACAAAUCAGAAAACCUGCCCGACACACCACCAACAACCCAGGAAUUACUGAAAACACGACGAGUGGUUGCCAUCUAA